CGCCACUAUCCAGUGAAGGUGAGCGGCGUGGAGAUCUCCCCCGACCCCGUCGUGCGCGGCAAGCCCGCCACCUUCAAGAUCUCCGCCUCCACGGGCAACUUGGAUGAGAAGGUCCCUGGGAGAGUCUUGUAUGAGAUUCUUAUUCAGGUCGGCCAUGUAGUAGACCUACACAUACCAUGUGACAAGGAAACUGGGCGUCCCAAAGGUUUUGCUUUUGCUGAAUAUGAGACAGAGGCAAUUGCUCAGUAUGCUGUUAGACUUUUUUCAGGACUUGUUAGGCUUAAUGGUAAAACACUUAAAUUUGCGUCUAUUGCGUGAAUUCUUUUACUUCCUCGUUGCACUAUGAGGGCGAUGGCUAUGAGCACCGAUCAGAAGCAGCAGAGUCGUCCGGCAUCCAUUUAUCCAAAGUUCCAUACAAGGGUCUAAGUUUCUUAACUGUCCAGUGUUUUUGCAUGUGAUUAUUUUACUCGGUACAGUCUUAUGGGCCACCAUUAUGAAUAAUGGUGACCUACAAAGUCAGAACAUGCGAUUGACUAGUGAUGACCUGAGACUUGAUGGUCUAACAUUUGUGCCAUUAACAUGUAACCAGGUUCAAUUACAUGCUGAUUCUUUUUUCUUUUGACAAAAGAAAAGUUAAAUGCUGAUUCACAUUGUUGUUCUACAUAAUUUUAAUGUUAACUUUUGACACAUAAAGAGUUGCUAAACACAUUUUUUUGCUCUGUUAGAGAGAAGAUAAUGACAGUCCCGAGGAAGAAAACUCAGCCCGAUCUCCGAAGAUUGGAGAAAGCUGAAAAGGUUGCUCAACUAGAUAAGAGUAUUGAAAGUGAACUAAAGGAGCGCCUGAGGAAGGGUGUCUAUGGUGAAAUUUAUAAUUUCCCCUUCAAGCAGUUUGAUACUAUCCUUGACAUGGAAAAAUAUGAGUUGGCUCCUGAGAUAGAAGAAGAAGAAGAAGGCGAGAUAGAGUAUGUUGAAGGUGAUGAUAUCGAGAUGGGUGACAUGGAUGAUAUGGAAGAUUUUGAAGGCUUUGGUGAUGAAGAUGGUGGAAGAAGACGAGGACAGGGGUAGCACGCAAAGGACGCGAAUGUGAUUCUCCAGGCACGGCUUCAGUAACAUGCUUGGUGUCGAUGAUGUUGUAAUUUAGAUAAUUUUGCCUGUCUUUCUCGUGAUGACCGCAACUCUCUUCUAUGUGAUGGUAGUUUAGAUGUUCGAUAUCGACUUGUAAUGUGAAGACAAACUCGCUACUCGCGGUCU